AUGUCUUCCAGCGACGCGACUUCCGCCCCAUUGGCGGAGUACUUCUGGAUCGCUGGAAUGGAUACCAACUCUUAUUGGACUUCCCAACCACCAAAGUCUAUACAAACAACGCAACUGCCAGUCCGAGGAAGCCUUAUCGCUGAAGACUUGUCCGAAGCUGGAGAGCCUGAGGAUCAAGUAUAUCCUGCUCGGGACGAUUCGUUGGGGUUUCGCUCCCAGGUAGACAAAAGAAGCUCCGAUAGGAUCGAAAAUGUCUCCUCAGGGGUGCAAGCAGGUGGUUUCCUGGACAGCACCAGAACAUCUACUAUCGCAGAAGCUGCCACCGGUGAUAGUCUAGGUUCCAGAAUGUCGACACUUUCGACAAAUUCCGCCAGCCCAAGCUUCGCGGAUACAAAACGCUCAAGCCAGAGCAGCAAUGCCACUAUCAUUGCUGCUAAUUCCAAUGGGCAGCCCCGACAGACCACCAAUAGCCAUGGGGAUGCUUUCGGGCAUCUUUCCCACCUAGGAAUCGGUGACUUCGAUUUCGAUACUGCCCUCCGGAAAUUCGCGACUGAACGAGAGAACUUCCUGGAGGAUCUCUCCUUUUCAGCUGGGGAAGUCCAACACCAGCCCAAGAAACCGCCCCCGGUGAAUCCACGGAUUCAGAAAGUUAUGGAUGGGAACAACGGUUCUUCUGGUCUAACGAAAAGCGGUUCUUUACGGCGGCGUAUAUCUUUGCGGGACCUCAAUUCUAUGCGAAGGGCCCCUUCAGUAGUAAACCGGGCAGGUGAGUCGCAUAUCAGUAUUCGAACUGGGGUUGGAACAAGUCUUAAUACAAAUAACCGAUCUAAAUUAGCAUCCAUACGGACUUCGAAACGAUUAUCAAAUUACAAUUCUGUGAUUCAAGUUCCGGAGCCCCUUGCCAUGGACCCUAAAAUGCAUCCACUCAAGCGGAAGUUCGAACCGGUCCUUCUCGAUAGAUACCCUCCAAAGUCAAGCGAGUCGACGGAACAACGGAUUUCGUUUGCCUUCCCAAAUGAUAUCAACAUAGUAUCGGCCGAUGAGCGGCCUCGGUCUACAUGGCAUGGUUUUUGUAUGACCGGUGGUGAUAAUUCAAGGCUUUACGGAAUUUGCGUUUUGAUAUGGAUCCCCUUGAACCAAAAGGCAGCGGAAGAUGUUGAACGCCAGUGCGAAGAAUGGCGACGAGAUAACAUGAGCCCCGAGGAGAGGGAAUUGGCCAGCAGUCUAGGAGAGAGGCUUGCAAGCGAAAGGGCAAAACUAUCUAGGCUUUUAGCUCAGCUGCCAUCAGUCGUCUCCGACUUGAAGGCUAGAGAAGCGCUCGAUGACGAGAUUAAUGCAACCGAGGAAAAGAUUGGGUUGAUGGCGGAUCUCCUUCGCCCUGUCCGACAUGGUGCCGCUUCUAAAAUCGAAGGACUGACUGAUGGGGAAAGUGGGCUUUGGAUACCUCGGGCAUAUGGGGUGCUUGGGAAAGAUCCUGCACUGACAUCUUUUUACAAGGAAUGGCUCAAGGCUGUUGUUGUGCCUAUGGUUGAUGGCUGGGUUGCCCAAGUACCCCCACCCUCGCCGAGGGUUGGGAUGUGGCAGCCGCUUGAGAGAUAUGUUGUCAAUCUGUGUGACGAAGCGAUGAUGCCGGUCAAUUCCAAAACUCAAGUUGAGCUUGCAAUCAGGGAGCUACAUCUAUACGCGCGGAAGGAGGCCUUGAACGAAGUACCAGGAUCUAGGAACGUUGACCUCUAUCCGUUGUUUAGAUCUUUGACACUUGAAAAUAUCAUCACGCUUUUCGAAUAUUGUCUAGCGGAGUCCAGAAUCAUUCUGCUCUCAUCGAGUACAACUAUGCUGACGCUGGCGUCCAGCACUUUAUUAAACCUGCUAUAUCCGUUUACAUGGGCGGGGAUUUAUAUACCAAUCCUGCCUGCGAGGUUACUGUCUGCGAUUGAGGCACCUUGCCCCUAUAUCGUUGGUGUAGAAAAGCGCUACGAGAAGCUCGAGUUCCCAGAAGAUGGGUGUGUCGUUUGCGACUUAGACGACAACUCUAUUCUAUCUUACGCAGAACCGACGAGACUCCCCAAACAGCAGCGUAGGAAACUUAUGGCUCUACUGCAGCUUGCAGCCCCUCACCAUAACCGCUUUGGAGUUGAAAUCGGCCCCCCUAUUUAUGCGGCGGAGACAUUUCCAUAUAACUCGUUCGCUGCUGAGAACGCGAGUAUAUUCUCCUCGAUCCCUUCCCCAUCCAUGCUUGCCAGGCUAGUUUCGCUUCCCUCAAACUCUUUUGGCGACGUAGCCGCAUCCCCUGGUAGCUAUCGACGCCCAAUUUUCAACGUUUUUCUCCAAGCCCGAACACUGGGUCGCCCACAAGAACUCCGUCCAACUACUAGCGGGACUAUCAAAGGCGGGAACCCUCCUUCCCCAAAUUCCCCGAGGUCGGGCUUGGGGUCAUCAUCCUCCAGAGCCGAGUCUGGAAACACCUUAACUGCCACCCUUCGCGGGAAGCGGUCUGGCAAUUUUGAAACGUUAGCGCAACGGAGAAGUUCUUCGUUCGGGGUAGAUAGACAGGUGCCAAACCUACGCCGCCCGAGCGUGCCAUUUACAAACCAUUCACCAUCUCCGUCAACAUCAUCGUUAGUCGAAACUGGAUCCACAUAUAACCAAUACCCCCCUUCAGUUUACACUCCAUCAACUCUUGCAGCAUCAACUAUCAUACCUCAGAUGCUCGUACAACCUGUUCGUGAUACAGCUACCACCAAAUGGGUGGAAGGGCAUUGUCUACAUUGGCAAUCGGUGGACUUCGAUUCUUCCUGUUCGGUAUGUGAGGAAAAGUCGGAUGAGGGUCUGUACCACUGCACGGCCUGUAAUGUUAUUGCUCACAACAGAUGCUCCAGCUCGCUGUUCCUUCCAUGCCCGGCGGCCUUCCAUCCCGAGCAAGUACGAGCGGCUUUCCUACGUUGUUUCGCUAGCUUGCUCUAUACGUACCGUAGAUUUAUGCAACCGUCUUCUGGAGAUCCGAAGAAGGGGGGUAAAAUCUUUAAGUUCAAUAUUGACGGUUUCAUUCGGAGUUUACCUGGGGAUGCAGGCGAAUAUGUGUCCUUUUUGAACGAAACGCAGGCCUUCAACGAAUUCAUUGAAGAACGAGAAAGCUUACGUGCGGAUGAUCCAAAGGUAAUGCUCUUUGAACAGGUUAUAAUGUCGAAAAAGAAUCGCGGCAGGUCCAAUUUCUUCGGCAAGACAAAGGAUAUAACCUACCUCAGUGAUUCAUCUGAGCAUCUCUGGAGGACUUGCAGUGUAGCUGUCCCGAUUUCGUCGAGAACUGGAGAAACCAAAGCCUUGCCGAAUCGUACCCCCGCAAAACUCGAUCCUAAUCUCAUGAAAGAACCUCGUAUCCAACAUGGUGCCCCGAAAGUUAAACCAGGGAAGCCCAUCAGAAAGCCCAUUCCCUCCGGGCCAAGAAUGGCAGAGACUCACUUAGCUGACAUCCGGUGA